AUGGCACGCUUAACGAAGAGGCGACAGGCAGACACAAAGGCUAUCCAGCAUCUUUGGGCAGCUAUAGAAAUAAUCCGGAACCAGAAGCAAAUUGCUAACAUUGACCGUAUUACAAAGUAUAUGUCUCGAGUCCAUGGUAUGCAUCCAAAAGAAACCACACGUCAGCUGAGUUUAGCAGUCAAGGAUGGUCUUAUUGUUGAAACCCUGACGGUGGGGUGUAAAGGGUCAAAAGCUGGUAUUGAACAAGAAGGAUAUUGGUUGCCAGGAGAUGAGAUUGACUGGGAAACAGAAAAUCAUGACUGGUAUUGUUUUGAAUGCCAUUUGCCUGGAGAGGUGUUGAUAUGUGACCUGUGUUUUCGUGUGUAUCAUUCCAAGUGUUUGUCUGAUGAGUUCAGGCUUAGAGACAGCAGUAGUCACUGGCAGUGCCCAGUUUGCAGGAGUAUCAAGAAGAAAAACACAAGCAAACAAGAAAUGAGCACAUACCUGCGAUUCAUAGUCUCUCGUAUGAAGGAACGGGCUAUAGAUCUAAACAAGAAAGGGAAGGACAACAAACACCCAAUGUAUAGAAGGCUGGUACACUCAGCUGUUGAUGUUCCCACUAUACAGGAGAAGGUAAAUGAAGGAAAGUACAGGAGUUAUGAGGAGUUCAAAGCAGAUGCUCAGCUACUUCUACACAACACAGUCAUUUUCUAUGGAGCGGACAGUGAGCAAGCUGACAUAGCAAGGAUGCUUUACAAAGACACAUGUCAUGAACUGGAUGAACUGCAGCUUUGCAAGAACUGUUUCUAUUUGUCAAAUGCACGACCUGACAAUUGGUUCUGCUAUCCUUGUAUACCUAAUCAUGAGUUGGUUUGGGCAAAAAUGAAAGGCUUUGGAUUUUGGCCAGCCAAAGUCAUGCAGAAAGAGGACAAUCAAGUUGAUGUUCGCUUUUUUGGCCAUCACCACCAAAGGGCCUGGAUCCCCUCAGAAAACAUUCAGGAUAUCACAGUUAACAUCCAUCGGCUGCAUGUGAAGCGCAGCAUGGGGUGGAAGAAGGCUUGUGAUGAGCUGGAACUGCACCAGCGUUUUCUUCGUGAAGGGAGAUUCUGGAAAUCAAAGAAUGAGGAUAAAGGGGAAGAGGAGGCAGAGUCGAGUAUCUCUUCCACCAGCAAUGAGCAGCUGAAGGUUACUCAGGAACCACGAGCAAAGAAAGGACGACGUAACCAGAGCAUGGAACUCAAGAAAGAAGAGCCAGAACCUGAAACUGAAGCAGUAAGUUCAAGCCAGGAAAUUCCCACAAUGCCCCAGCCUAUUGAAAAAGUUUCAGUCUCAACUCAGACCAAGAAGUUAAGUGCCUCUUCUCCAAAAAUGCUGCAUCGGAGCACCCAGACCAGUAAUGAUGGAGUGUGUCAGAACAUGUGCCAUGACAAAUACACCAAAAUCUUUAAUGAUUUCAAGGACAGGAUGAAAGCUGAUCACAAAAGAGAAACUGAGCGAGUUGUGCGAGAGGCAGUGGAAAAGCUGCGUACAGAGAUGGAAGAAGAGAAAAGGCAGGCUGUAAAUAAGGCUGUGGCCAAUGCACAAGGAGAGAUGGACAGAAAAUGUAAGCAAGUGAAGGAGAAGUGCAAAGAGGAAUUUUUAGAAGAAAUUAAGAAACUAGCAGGACAGCACAAGCAGCUGAUUUCUCAGACCAAGAAGAAGCAGUGGUGCUACAACUGUGAAGAAGAGGCCAUGUACCACUGCUGCUGGAACACUUCCUACUGCUCCAUCAAGUGUCAGCAGGAGCACUGGCAUGCUGAACACAAACGUACCUGCCGCAGAAAAAGAUGAAAGAGUUAUUCCUCCCCUGGAAAACCACCCCGAUGAUUGCUAUUCUCAGACACAGCGGUUUUUGUUUCCAAGAAGCCAAAAUUGUUUAGAAUUUGCUUCCCAUUUUGCACCAGCCUUUAAACACUUUUCGUAAAAGAAAUUUUGCACAGUAAUUUCAAUCUUUCCGUUUAAUGCUCCUCCAAAAUGUUUUCCGCAAAAUGAAUUUAACAUCUGUGGGAGGAGGUUACUUUAAAUAAUUUUAAACUAGAGGAUUUGUUGCAUUUUCAGCAAAUUUUAAAACAUUUUUAGGUUUUACAGAGAUUUUAAUCUUUAAAAAACAGCAGAUCUCAAAAUAAAAAGUCAUACAAGUUUAACAAAAGGAACAUUUAAAAACUAGAUCUGAAUGUAAGAAGUAUAGAACUGUUUCAGAAAAGAGAAGCAUACUACCUUGUUGUAACAUUUAUUUCUUAACCUUCUUGAGCUGGUUUUGUUCAGCUUAAUUUUACUGUUUAAAGGCAUUAUCUAUUGGUUAUACCAGUGGGUACAUGAUUGAAUUUAGGGAACAGGGUUGACACAGCAGGUGCUAGUCCUGCGUAUUUUUUCUUAAAUAUUUCCCAACUGUGUUUUAUUUUCAUUAUUUCUUUUCAAUAUAUAACUUUUAUAACAAAAUAUUAGCUUUGAUCUUGUAGUUUAAAAUCACAGGGAACUGGGGUAAUCUUUUACUGAGCUGGAUCUUAGAGAAAAAAUGAAUAUUUAAAUUUUGAAGUUUGCACAUUUCAUCUUUGUCCUAACAUGAGUGCUUGUAACAAGAAUAAGAAAAGCAAAAAAAAAAAAAAGCCAACAAAAAAACCCAAAACACCCAACUACCUUUAUUCACACAUGAAAUGAUGAGGCAUACAAAUUUCUUUACUGCGCCCACCCCUCCCUCCCCCCCUGCUUCAGUCUCCCCAAUCCAAUGUCAUUUGACUGCCUAUGAUCUGGUGUCACCUGGUCCAUUGUAACUUGAUAAUAAAAGGAGAAAAAAAAGCACUUAAGUUUCACAGAAGCCGUUAUGUUUGUAGUAAUGGGUCAUUGCCUAUUAAUGAGCUCCAUCACUGUACUCAGAAUGAAGAAUAAUGCAUGUUAAUUUUCUUGUAUUAAAGAUGCCGUGAUUUGUAAAAAGUCUGUAUUUUGCGGAAUGUCUGGAUUAAGAAGCAUUACCAAUAGGAAUGGAUCGAUAGUUGAGAAAUUAUUUCUUUUUUUGUUUGUUUUAUAUAUAGAUAUAUGAAUUGCAUCCAUGUUCAGAGACAUUUUUUAAAUAGAUGUAAAACUGACUGAAAUAGCUUUUCUUUUCAAGUCUCUCCACAUUUUAGGUUUUUUUUCAAAGACUGGUCUUAGACUGAGUCGUAUGCCCAUUAACCAUCCAGCUAUUUUUUAAGAAGUUAGAGGAAUAAUUUGUAAAUAUUUAUUUAGAUCUUUGAUAUUUAUUGAAAGCAAUUACAUGAUGGAACGAUGGAAGCUGAAGAAUCAGGAGGAAAGCCUUUAAAAAAGUUUUCUCUAGGAUUUGUCAGGGUCAUUGUAAAGAUGAAAAUAUAACUAAGACUUCUGUGAACUACCACUGAAAUCCUAAUUUUUUUUACUUACAGUGGUGAUAUAAGUUAAUUGACUAGAUACUGCCAAAUAAUGCCCAAAGUGUUGCAGAAAUUAAGUGGCAAGUUGAUUGGGAAAAUAGUAAGAAGAUGGUAACUUGUAUUACCACAGCUACAUUAUUGCCUGAUUAAUGUGUAAUUAACUUUUGUCGCCUCUGUGUUGUGACUGUAAAACACUUCACAACUAAAAAUCAAUCUUGUUCGAUUACUUUACAAGUUCCAAAACUUCGAUCCACCCCUAUGAAAGCAAGUUAUCGUGGAAAUAUUUUUGGUGUAAAAUCAUUCCAGAAUAUGUAAUAUUUAACUGAUAGCUGCAUGAAAGUAAGAUUCGUGUUACUUUGGCUUUUUUGUCUCUGUUGACACGGUUGCACAUUUCCAAGUUACUACAGUGUGAAAACUGUGUGUUUUAAAGAAAAAAAAAAAGAAAAAAAA